AUGCCUGACUGGGUGCUACGACUUUUCGGGUCAGUGACAGUUCGGGUCAACGAAACUAUGGCUGCAUGGGGAGGUAGGAAAAGGCUUACUUACAGGGGAAGUACUCCAAGUGCGACGCUCAGAUUUUGAUGAAACUUGGCACAAAUUUAGAAUAAUUUUUUCUAAGAUACAUGCGAGAAUCCUAGCUCGCGCUUUGCAGAAACAACCGAGAUUUUUAGAUCGAAAGUCGGCGAAAAUUUAGGACUUUUUGCCGAAUUUCGGCACGAAAAGUUUCAUGCCUAUUUCAACCGUGAAGGAUAAUGUUUCUACAAAAAAUCAAAUUUCUCCGCACGAAACUGCCAAAGUUAUAGCCAAAAAGCGCUUUUCUCUCUGACCGCUCUCCACGUUCGCACUUGGAGUACUUCCCCUGUUAGUAGAAAUCUAAGAUAGCUAAUCACCUAUUUUGAGGUAUAUUUUAAAGUACUCACACCAAUAAUCUUUACAUGAUACAAUAACUCAAGGUAAAAAAAGUUUUACAUUAGUUAAUAGCUAAAAAUAGAAAAAAGGAGGCAUACUUAGAGUCUACGCCAAGUCUCCGCCGCCGGGCCUUCGCCGAGCCUGCGCCGGUCCAACAGCUUGUCCAGGCCUUAUAGGCACUUCUUAUCUUUUUUUAGGUCAAGACAAGGGUCACAUUAUGAAAAGACUAUCAUCUUGUCGGGAAAAUAAUGAGCACAAUGUCGCUGCGCCGAUCGCUGCAGUGAAAAGCAAUUUGAUUUUGUCGCGACAAUUCAUUUUCUUGGCGGCAAUGCGCUUUUCGAUGCGACAUAGUGCCCAUUACUUUUCCGACAGACUGAAAAUAUAGGAAAUUAAAAAAAAUGUUCAAUUUGGAAAAAAAUCAAAAAAAAACUGAAAAAAAUGAGCAAACGGCGAUAUUUCCGACUCAAAAAACAAACCGGUUAUACAAAACGUAUGUCAUUUUCGAAUAUUAUGCACGUUAUAUACAUGAAAGGGCAUUAAUAUUCCGACUUUUGGAGAGAUGCCCAUCGGACCGGACCAGCUCCUUCGGCGUCCUAAGACAGGCGUUUAUAACUCCAUUCGAGCAGAAUGGAAAUAUAAAGCGAGUUGAGGACGCAAUAUAAUUUUGCGUUGGUCUUUGAACAUUACUUGGACUCGUAAUUGAUUUUACUACUAUAAAUUUUAUACUUUAUUUACCCGACAUUUUUACAUGUGGAGAAAAAGAAGAACGUAUUUAAAAAAUUUGCAAUGAACAAAGAGAAACGGGACAGUAUUAGUAAGUUCGGUGGUAAUGUGUUGGAAUCUUGGUACGCUCACAUUGUCAGAUUUUCUUCAAAUUUUGUACACAAAUUGAGGAUGAUCCACAUAUCAAUUCCUGAAAGUUUUAGCUCGCGCUUUGCAGGGAGAGCCGAGAUAUUCAACGAUCUUUGCGGCCGAGAGAGUACGCGAAAUGCGGAGAGCGGUCAAAAUAAAACACUUUUUGGCCAUAUCUUUGCCAGUUUCGAGCGAAAAAAAUUAAUUUUCUGUGGAAAUAUUACUCUCUACAGUAGAAAUAGGUAUGAAACUUUUCAUGGCAAAAUUUAAAAAAAAAUUUUUUUGAAAAUGUGAGCUGCCUUUGGAGUAAAAAUCUCGGUCAUUUCGGAAAAGCGCAACUAUGAAUUUAUAUAUAAUAUAGCUUGGCCAUAUGCUCUCUACAGUAGAAAUAGGCAUGAAACUUUUCGUGCCAAAAUUCGGAAAAAAACUUGUAAUAUUUUUUUUCAAUUUUCAAAAUAAAAAUUUCGGUCAUUUUUACAAAAACGAGAGUAGGAAUCUUGCAAACAGCCUACAAAAAUUUAUUUCAAGUUUGUGCAAAAUUUUAUUCAAAUCUGAGCGUUGCUUUGAAGUUCUUUUAUAACGUCAGUCUGGAAAAAAAAAUUUUUCUUUGGCGAGGCGAAGCAUUUUGUUGUGACGACCCGCCACUAUUUUCUCGACAGACUGGUGCAGUAGCGGACCUGAUCCAGUGGGAAAAAACAUGCCACUUUGCAUCCGGGAAGAAUCAAAAAAUGUGGCAAGACACCUCCUUUUCCAAGUGGAAAAAAACUCCGAUUUCAAGGGCGCGGCCGCUUUUUUGUGAGGGAAAGGCGAGCCCUUCAAAACGAAGCUUUUUCGCCGCAAAGAGUCCCUGGAAAGCGCGAGCUAAAACUCUCAGGAAUUGACAUACAGUGGCGGACCAGAUCCAGUGGCAAAAAAACGUAUCAUUUUGCAUCCGGGAAGUAUCAAGAAAUGUAGCAAAAUACCUCCCUGUCCAAGUGAAAAAACUCAGCUUUCAAAAGCCCGCUUUUUUGUGAGGGAAAGGGCCCUUCAAAACGAAGUUUUUUCACGUGGAAAGGGAAGCAUUUUGCCACAUUUUUGAUACUUCCCGGAUGCAAAAUGGUACGUUUUUUUCCACUGGAUCAGGUCCCCCACAGUACCUGAGGGAAGAAUCUUCUAAAUUUGUGCCACUUUUUUUAAAUCUGAAAGAGGCACUUGAGGAACUUUCCCUUGUCCUUUAUGCAAUCAGAUUUCAAAAGCGCGCCCGCUAUUUUUGUGGGGGAAAAGGCGCGCCCUUCAAAACGAAGAUUUUUCACUUGGAGAAGGAGGCAUUUUGCUACAUUUUUUGAUACUUCCCGAAUGCAAAAUUAUACGCAUUUUGUCACUGGAUUAGGCCCGUCACUGAUAUCUUGGCUGCCUUUGCAAAACGCGAGCAAGAAUUUUGUGGAAUUUAUAUGUGGUAUAUGCCCGCAGUAUGUACUAAAUUUGAAGUAAUUAGUACCAUUGCAUAUUGCAAAUAUCUGCCGCUUUUUUAGAGCUCUCCGGGCGCCUCUCCUCCUUCGAGGACUCGGAGGAUGACUGCGAUCUCCGCGCCACCUCCAAAACCGAGACCUACGUCAUCUCCUACGUGGACGAAGAGGUCUUGAACCUGACUCCAUGGUACGAAAUCGACCGCACUUCUCAGGUUCUGCCGACGGAACGAAAGCAAACGCAGACGAUGCCAACGCACGGAGUGCUGUUGGAAAAAGCCUCGGAGACCAGCGGCUACGAAUGUGAGAGCAAGGAGACGUAUUGCGAAGUCAAAUACGAUCAUAAAGACGGAAAAUUUGAGCAGAGCGCCUAUACGAGAGUGAUGAAGGUGCUCUCAAUUAUGGCUAAUCACGAAAAUGUAAGGGGUUUUUUGAAAAUCCUCACACUUUUUUGCAAAAAUACCGUUGAAUUUGACGAAUUCGUCAACAAAGUGCGACUUUUUUCCAUGGUUGCUAAAUUCAGGCCAUCUUUCAGUCAUAACUUUACUUUUUUUUCUUUGCCUUUUUGCACUUCUCCGCCUGAGCCCUCUCGUACCGUAUUGCUCGCAAAGAUCAUUGAAUAUCUCGGCUGUCCUUGCAAUGCGCGAGCUAAAACUUUCAGCGAUUGAUAUGUGGCCUAUGCCCAAUGUGUGUGCAGAAUAUGAAGAAAAUCUGAGCGUCGCAUUUUGGGUACUUUCCUUGUCAAUUAUGGAAAUUAGAGCUUUUUUGUUUGUUAAUUUUUACUGUGGUACGGCGAAGAGGUAUAACGUAUUUCAUAACACAAAAAUUGGAGUGUCUGAAGACCCAAAGGAAAAAAGAAUUUUAACAUUUGGCCAAGAACUUAGAAAGUUAUGGCCAAUUUAAGUGGGGGGGGGGGAUACAAAUCCCGCGCGAUGCACAAUUUUCUCCGUUUUUUUCAUUGUGCGCCCAAAAAAAUCUGAAUUUUAUUUUUCCAGCUGAUCAAUUGGUUCUCCGUGGAUAAUCCAGAAGGCGCUGAGGUGCUGAAAAUUACGCCCCAUGCGAAGAACGUCGAGAAAAUUAUCGACUCCACUUACUUGAAGGAUAAGGUAAGUUUUGCCCCAAAAUUCGAUGAAAAAAUCAAAAGUUGUAUAAAAAUUUUAUUUAUUCUGAUAAUAGCCUCAUAUCAUUAUUUUAUUGACAGAAAUUUCCCGUAUAAAAGUUACCCGAAACUUGAAAAAAAUAAAAAAAUUACAAAAAAUUUUAAAGAGUAAUCAAAAACGUGAGUUUACAGUGA